AAUUAAUUGAAUCAUGUAAAUAUAAUUACAAUACAUGUGUAAAUGGGUAAUACAUAUUUGCUAUUUCAAUAGUGUUCUACUAACUAUUUUGUACGUGGAUACAUAUUUUUUCAUACAAGAGAUUAGUAUUGUGUAGGAAAAAUGUGUGUUCAAGUUGAAAAAUAUUUUACAUUCUGCCUCCAUUAAAGAGAAAAGAGUUAUUUAGAUAAAGAAACGGACACAUAUCUAAAUGUCCAAUUUAAGGAUGAUAAGGUGUAGCAUGUGGUACAGUUGACAUACCACAGCUGUCAGUAUCAUGGUAUAUCAUAGUAUCAAGUGUUAUGGGAGUGACUGGGGGAGGAACAUUACAUUCACACACAGUACCACCAUGCUCAGCACGCAGAUAACUGUCCUCUUGCUCAUCUAUUUGCUUUCUGCUUGCGUCAGUGUUACAGGCUAUGAACCUCUACCAUGCAACAACAAGGACAGUGCCAAAACUCCAACGAUGAGACUUAAGCUCACCUUGCUAUGUGGCUACGACAAGUACCUACGUCCUGUCCUACACCAUUCCAACAAAACCGAAGUUAAGCUCUUGUUAGGUCCAAGAAUCAUUGAGUUUGAUGAUAUGCAUAGCUCUCUCUACAUGAAGGCUUGGGUAACUAUGAACUGGAAUGAUGUGCACCUUUCCUGGGACAAACUGCAACAUGAUGACAUCGGCUCGAUAAUGCUUGAUACUUCCAUGAUAUGGGUGCCUGAUCUCUCCAUCUAUAAUUCGAGACAGGAGAUUGAAUUGAACCAAGAAGUGGGAUCCGUAGCGAUCGCAUCUUCAGGGGAUGCAUAUGCUUUGUUCACACCGGAGAUGACAGGUCACUGCGUGCCUAACUACGUGAACUGGCCAUAUGAUAUCCACAAGUGCAAUAUUACUCUGGGUUCUAAGCGUUACAUGGGUUCGAUUGUCAACUUUACAUUUUUUUAUGAAGACGGAUUAAUCAUGCAGUUUCUAGUGCCAGAUAAUGAAUGGGAAUUAAUUGACACCAGCUCCUCUAGAAAUGAGAGUCGGGUGGGACCUGAUAAUGACACAGACACUGAGAUUAUGGUUACUCUUGACUAUCAGUUCACCCUACGACGUCAUGCUUCUGUGUACGUGGCCAGUUACCUCAUUCCGGGAGUUGUGAUAAUGAUCCUAUCCCUGGGACUCUUGUGGAUACCUUCCGAUAAAGUCGAAAGAAUGGCCAUUCUCUGCACAUUAAUGAUAAUCCAGUCACUAUACCUCCAGUUUCUGGCCUACAAGAUUCCGACCAAUGGAGAUACUACACCUUACCUUGUGUGUUACUACCGUGACUGCUUGUGUCUGACAGGGCUGUUGAUUGUUGAGACUUUAGUGACCCGUUCCAUGGCUUCAUGGGCUUCAGAUCCUCCAUAUUUGCAGUCGAUCUUCCAGUUUAUUGCCGGCAACCGAGUACUACAGUAUCUUCUAAUCAGUGACAUAGACCCAAAGAAUGCAGCCAAGUUGAUGGAAGCGGGCAAUGAUGAGGGCUCCUCUCUUGUGACCACUGACCAGACACAGCAGUGGAAGCUGCUGAUAGACAUAGUCAACAGAUCUAUGUUUUAUCUUCUGGUCCCAGUCUACCUGUUGUUGUCUCUAAGCUUGCUACCUUGGAACGUAUCAGUUAGCUUUAAUUGAUUAGAUGAGUGUUUAUUUUAAAACUAUUAUCUUCAAAUGUUUUGUUUUGACUAAAUAGAAAAUUAUGAUUUACUUCUUUACAAAAAGAAUAUAAUUUAUUCUUUUAAUAAAAGUUUUAUAUAAUAGUGUGUUUUAUGUAAGGGUUAUUUUACUUCCCAAUUCUAUUUCUACUUUAAAUUUGGUUUUUUAAAUUAGUUUGAUGGUUUAGGUAACAAUGUUAUAUUAGUAAAUUCUUUUUUAUUGCUGUUGUGAACGGGGACAUUGUCCUAGGUAUUCCUGGGAUUUCUGUAGUUUUACACAAGAACAGAGUACUAAUUAAUAUAAUUACAUUCAAUAUGUAGUAUUAGUUACUGGAAAUUUUGUACUGAUUGAACGAUGGCAAACAUCC